UUUCCACUACUCAAAUGAAACCUCCGCUUAAACCCUCAGCUUGCAGAGAUAAAAGAUAAGGUUCAGAGAGUGAAGCGAAAGUGUGCAAAUGUCUUCUUCAGACGUAGCUCUUUUCUCUUCUAUGAUUCAAUUUCGUUCGUCUUCGUCCAUCCGUAAUGCUCUUCCAACAAUCUUCAAUCUCUCUUCACCAGCCGCGAGUUCGUGCGCAAUCAAAUCGACCCAGAUUCUUAACCGGCGUUUGAGAGCCAAAUCGACGAACUUAUCUCUUUCUUCCAUGCCUCGGAGAGGGUUCGUAUGCAGAGCUGCGGAGUACAAGUUCCCGGAUCCCAUACCCGAAUUCGCCGAAGCUGAGACUAAGAAAUUUAGGGACCAUAUGACAAAGAAACUAUCAAAGAGGGAUCUUUUUGAAGACUCUGUUGAUGAGAUUGUCGGAGUCUGCACUGAGAUCUUCGAGACGUUCUUGCGGAGCGAGUAUGGAGGACCUGGAACACUCUUGGUUGUACCCUUCAUCGACAUGGCUGAUACUCUCAAUGAAAGGGAACUGCCUGGAGGUCCACAAGCCGCACGUGCAGCUAUCAAAUGGGCUCAGGAUCAUGUAGACAAAGAUUGGAAGGAAUGGACCGGCACCGAUUAGUAGCACCCGAACCUCAAAUCAUCAAAAUAUAGUUCAAUGCUCAUGUAUCAGAGGGUAUAUUGUCUUUGUAAAACUCUGAAUUUUGCAGAUUUCAGAAUUUUAUUAGUUCUCUUCUUAUAAAAAAUCCUUGGUCUCAUCAUUUGUUUCCCAA